UUCAAUUGCGCUGUGUGCGGGAAGGCAUUUGCAGAUUCAUCAACUCUUCGCAAUCACCAAAAACACACUCGAUCUUCACACUCACCAAAAACACACACGGGCGAGAAGCCGUUCAAUUGCGCUGUGUGCUGGAAGGCAUUUGCACGGAAAUCAGAUCUUCACAAGCACCAGAAAACACACACGGGCGAGAAGCCGUUCAAUUGCUCUGUGUGUGGGAAGUCAUUUGCAGAUUCAUCAACUCAUCACAAGCACCAGAAAACCCACACGGGCGAGAAGCCGUUCAAUUGCUCUGUGUGCGGGAAGUCAUUUGCAGAUUCAUCAACUCUUCGCAAUCACAAGCACCAGAAAACACACACGGGCGAGAAGCCUUCGCAUUGCUCUGUGUGCGGGAAGUCAUUUGCAGAUUCAUCAAAAAAACACUCGGGUGAGAAGCCAUUCAAUUGCUCUGUUUGUGUGAAGGCAUUUGCCCGUAAAGCAGAUCUUCACACUCACCAAAACACACACACGGGCGAGAAGCCGUUCAAUUGCUCUCUGUGUGGGAAGCCAUUUUCACGGAAAUCAAAUCUUCAUCGUCACCAGGAAACACACACGGACGAUAAGCCAUUCAAUUGUUCUCCGACUUCAAGCUAG